GAAAAUCUAGGUUUGUCUACGAUUCCUCCCACCUUAAUGCUUGUCUAACUCCAAGAACACACCACGAUGUCAGUACCAAUCGCUCCACGGGUCGCAAUUUUCUCACCGCAAAAAUGACGCAAAUCUCUGAAAGCUUUCACAUUUCAACCGUAGAACUAUCCAGAGAGGCUAUGAGUAAUUAAUUCUAGUUGUGCGCAAUAUAUCGUUCGUACCGGGUAGAGCGGCACUCUACUCUCACUUUGCUCAUAUAUUUUGAAGGUGUCAUUACCGCCAAAUUAGCAACGCAAAAAAAAAUCAAAUUCCAGCUCGAUUGGAACCGGCCGAAACCAUCUGACUAGUCAUCGCAGUGGCAAGAAUAAACGAACAAGUUCCGAAAAAUAUCUCCAUUUUCAUUGCGUUUGUGCUUUGAGUAGCACGUGCCAUCUUGAAGACCGGAUAAUCGCUGUGAAACGCCAUAAGACCGUGUAUAUAUGAUCUCGAGUUAUUCGCGAUCGAUCAUUAAGUUUACUGCGCUUGAAACGUCUACAGACAAGUGUUACGUCACGAAAAAUGCGAUUCAUUUACCGACUUGAGUUGUUGAUCGCGGCAGUGCUGUGCUUAGCUUUCGUGAUAGAAGCCCUAAUUAUAUCCUCUGGAACUUGUCCAAAGCGACCAGUCGUCCGAAACUUCAAUGUGUCCCGGUACACGGGAUUGUGGUACGAAAUCAGUCGCUACGAACAACCAUUCCAACUGGGUGGAGAAUGCGUCACGGCCCAGUAUUCGUUGAACAAAGACGGAACAGUGCGAGUGUUCAACAGUAUGCUGAUUCCACCGAAUGAUGUUCGUUCUUCCAUAGUAGGGCGGGCCGUGGUGAGUUAUCCGAACAAGGAUCCCGUACCGGCAAAGCUAAUUGUUACGUUCAAUGGUGUUCCGGUGGCAUCGAACUACUGGGUGUUGGAUACGGACUAUGAUAAUUUUUCCGUCGUAUGGAGUUGUUUCCAGAUCGGAGGAAUCAUACAUACUCAAGGUGCGUGGAUUCUGUCGCGAGAGCCAGAGCUGAGCGAUUCAAUUAAGCACCGAGUUCAGGAGGCCAUUGACAGAUAUCUAGAGGAAAGCCACCUUCGGAAGACGAAUCAUAACUACGAAUUAUGCUGUUCAAGCCAACCGGACAUUCAAUCUUAUCCAGAAUGCUGAAAAAAAGGAAUUACACAGCAAAACCGGCAAAUAAUUGCCAUAUAUGAGGAUGAUGAAACGUUAUGAUAAUCAUCAUAUUGCGGGGCAACAGUGGGUUGCAGAUUUGAAUACCCAAGCCAUCUUCACAGCACUUACAUCCCUAUCUUGAUGCGAGAUGUUUCUAAUCUCGGUAUCUUCGAUUCACUUAUUCCCACUGGUUCAUGGAAUAAUUUCUCCGAAUACUUCGAACUGUUUUAAGACCAGUGUGUAAUUUUAUCACACUUUGUUUGCACUUUACAUCAGUCCAAUUGGGAAAAAGUUCGCAAUAAGGAAUUAUUGAAAAAAAAAAAAUGUUCUAAGGGGUAAACAUUUUGUCCAAAUUUCUGGGAACGUACUGUAUUGUUUAAAAUUACGUAACGUACAAUGUGUUUAUCUGUACAUUCGUAGUCGUGUGAAUAAAGGUUACUUAACACAUUAUGAUUAAAGUAGCUUUAAGUAAAAAAAUAUAAAUGAGUGCCAUGACCUGUAAAUAUCGAACAAACCGAA